AUGUCCCAGGAAGGCGUAGAGCUGGAGAAGAGCGUCCGGCGCCUCCGGGAGAAGUUUCACGGGAAGGUCUCCUCCAGGAAGGCGGGGACUCUGAUGAGGAAAUUUGGCAGCGACCACACUGGAGUGGGCCGCUCCAUCGUGUACGGAGUAAAGCAGAAAGAUGGACAGGAACUGAGUCAGGACCUGGAGGCCCAGGACCCGCCAGAGGACAUGAAGCAGGACCAAGACAUCCAGGCAGUGGCCACCUCCCUCCUGCCGCUGACGAAAGCCAACCUGCGCAUGUUCCAGCACGCGCAGGAUGACCUCAUCCCCGCCGAGGAUCGGCAGUUUGCCUGCUCCUCCUGUGACCACGUCUGGUGGCGCCGUGUGCCUCUGCGGAAGGAGGUGUCGCGGUGCAGGAGAUGCCGAAAGCGCUAUGAGCCAGUGCCCCGUGACAAGAUGUGGGGCGUGGCCGAGUUCCACUGCCCCAAGUGCGGGCACAACUUCCGGGGCUGGGCUCAGAUGGGGUCCCCAUCCCCUUGUUACGGGUGUGACUUUCCGGUGUAUCCGACACGGAUCCUCCCCCCGCGCCGGGACCGGGACACGGAUCACCGCAGCACCCACACCCACUCCUGCUCGGCUGCCGACUGCUUGAACCGGCGAGAGCCCCACGUGCCUGGGACAUCCUGCGCACACCCCAAGAGCCGGAAGCAGAACCACCUGCCCAAAGUCCUGUACCCCAGCGACCCCCACAUCAGCAGCGGCUCCACGGUGGGCACCUGCCUGAGCCAGGGGAGCCUCCUAGAAGACCUGGACAACCUCAUCCUGGAGGACCUGAAGGAGGAGGAGGAAGAGGAGGAGGAGGAGGGUGGGCACCGGGAGUGA